UAACAGCGCCGUUAGCGAGCGGGCUCCCCCAGCCCUACACAACACCACCACACCACGGAAACGGCGCACGACCUUGCGAUUCCUCGCCUUAUUCCCACCCCGCACGGCCCCGUUUCCUGCCAGGCCCCGACGCGCUUCUGCAGAUUCACAGCACUGCACCGCACAGCUUGUUUGUGAAUGCCCGUCAGCUGCGUUGUCGCUUACUAGUCGACCCGCCAACCGCCUUCCCUCCACCACCAAUUGCGGACCUCGCAGACCCCGUCCAAACACACCACCGAACAUUCUCAGCCUUUCGACCUGGCCCACGCCCGCAGCAGUGGACGAACACACAGUAUUACGCACAUACAUACGACCAGCCAGCCCAAAAUGACGCGCUCCCGACGAGCCCAGCGCGACGUCAGCGCCUCCCGCUCCGAUACCUCCGCAUCCACCUCCCCCGAGCGCGGCAUCGACGAUGACAACGACUCGAUCAUGCUCCAGGCCAACGACUCGCAGUCCUCGCUCGCGCCCUCCGUCUCGCCCGAUUCAGACGAGGAAGCCCUCCGGCGGGCCAUCGAAGAGAGAUGCCGCGUCUCUCCUAUAUCCCGCCUGCCCGCAGAGCUGAUGAUCGCCAUAUUCGCCAAGCUCUCCUCGCCGGGCGACCUCAAGCACUGCAUGCUUGUGUCGAGAGAAUGGGCGAGAAACAGCGUAGGCCUCUUGUGGCACAGGCCGCAGACGGGCAAAUGGGGCGCCAUCAAGAGCGUCAUCGCGACGGUGAGGAAGUCGGACAGCUUCUUCGAGUAUGCCAGUCUGAUCAAACGCCUGAACCUGUCUGGCCUCGCCAACGAAGUCAGCGACGGCACUCUAGCGCCGCUGUCUGGGUGCAAACGCGUUGAGCGGCUGACCCUGACUAACUGCACGAAGCUCUCCGAUCUCAGCCUCACCGCAAUGCUGCAGGACAAUCGCAGCCUCCUCGCGCUGGAUGUAACAAAUCUGGAUGCCAUUACAGACAGGACCAUGUUCUCUCUAGCCAAUAAUGCCGUUCGGCUACAGGGUCUGAACAUCACCAACUGCAAGAAGGUUACGGACGAGUCAUUGGAAGCUGUAGCGAAGAGCUGCAGACACUUGAAGCGGCUCAAACUCAACGGAUGCUCUCAAUUGACCGACAAGUCCAUCAUCGCCUUCGCUAGAAACUGCCGCUACAUCCUCGAGAUCGACCUCCACGAUUGCAAGAACCUCGAAGAUGAUUCCAUCACCACCCUCAUCACGGAAGGACCGCACCUGCGAGAAUUGCGUCUGGCUCAUUGUUGGCGCGUGACCGACCAAGCCUUCCUUCGCCUUCCACUGGAAGCAACCUACGACGCUCUCCGCAUCCUUGACCUCACGGACUGCGGCGAGUUGCAGGAUGCCGGUGUCCAGAAGAUAGUUCAGGCCGCUCCCCGGCUUCGCAACCUGGUUCUUAACAAAUGCCGGAACAUAACGGACCGCGCGGUUCUGGCUAUCACACGCCUCGGAAAGAAUCUCCACUAUAUCCACCUGGGUCAUUGUUCACGCAUCACAGACGCAGGCGUCACACAGCUCGUCAAGCUGUGCAACCGAAUCCGAUAUAUCGAUUUGGCGUGCUGUACCAACCUCACGGACAACUCCGUCAUGCAGCUUGCAACUUUGCCGAAAUUGAAGCGGAUAGGACUGGUGAAAUGCGGCAACAUUACGGACCGGAGCAUUCUGGCGCUUGCCAAACCAAAGCAGGUGGGACACGGCGGACCUGUGGCUCCCAGCGUUCUCGAGAGGGUCCAUCUCAGCUACUGCACGAACCUGACUCUUCAGGGCAUCCACGCUUUGUUGAACAACUGCCCACGUUUAACACAUCUGAGCCUGACUGGUGUCCAAGCCUUUCUCCGUGAGGACCUCAUUGUGUUCUGCCGCGAAGCACCGCCAGAGUUCAACGAACAUCAGCGCGACGUUUUCUGUGUUUUCAGCGGUGUCGGCGUCUCGCGUCUGCGCAACUACCUCAAUGCCGAUUCCCCUAAUCGACGCACCCCGAUUUUCGAUCCUGAUGGCAACAUGUUCGACGAGAGUGAGGAGCCUGAGAUGAUACUCAACGUCACCGCCCAGGCGCACGGCAUGAACAUCGAAGAAAUGGACGAAGAUUUCGGAGAGGGCAGCGAAAUGAUGGGUUAGGAGUAGUCCUACCCAGCAUGGCCAUCCCUCUUUAUUGACGAAAUUACGCAGGCAUCGUCGGAACCGGUCCAUUCUCAAUGUGAUUGUAUUACUGCAUGAGCAACAGCAGGGCCCUAGUGGACAGGGUACUCAAGUAGCGCUUCCCUCUUGGCUACCCUCAAUCUGGGCAUGUCACUUUUCCUUGCAAAAUUUUAUCCUUCGGCAUGGUCACGGAGUCUAUUUCCAUUUGCUUUAUUGCAUAUCAUCACGAACACGGCCGCUCAUGCUAGCUUCGGCAUCUCCUAUUCACAAAUGAAGGAUGAUUGAACGGCCUUUCUCAUUCUGUUUUGGAAAGAAGGUGCACGAGACCAGAGGACGUGAGCAAGGUGGCAACAAGAGGUUGACGAUGAUGGGAUGAGGCGACUACGAUACCCUUGUUAUGUAUUCUGUGCUUGUUGUUUCGUAGUGUUUAAGCGCUGGACAGUAGGAAGCGUA